UCGGUACAGCUGGCAGCUGUUUUGUUUAUAAACCAAAACCGCGCGGAAAUUGUAAAUAAAGUGGUUUUACUUAUGUACUCUGAUGAAGUGCACAUUGGAAGGAAGCAAUGCACGCAUCAUUGCAAAGGCCAUACAAUCGCUGUCCAAAGUGGGCAAGGAGCUGUUCAUUGAAGCAGAUGCCCAGGGACUACAAAUGCGCACCAUCAAUGCAACACAAUCGGCUGUGGGAAGCAUUCGCUUCAGUCGCGCAAUGUUCGAUACAUUUCAGAUGCCAUCCAGUGGCGAUUGCUAUUGUAAAAUUGCCAUGAAGCCAUGUCUUGGCGUAUUUCGAAAUAUGAAACAGGUGGAGUACUGCGAAAUGAGCAUAGUUGGCAAUCGCACCAAAUUCCAAGUCACUCUGCGAUGCAAGCUGGAGACCAUGAAGCAGGCACUCAUCUCAAUCGUGGACGAACAGAACAUAACAUCAGCUGUUCCCACCGAUCAAAGCUCCAAUAGUAUUCUCGGUGACUACAAGUUGUUCAUGGAAAUUUCGAAUAGCUUCAUUGCCUCUGAGGAGGAACUGACACUAGAGGCCAAAUCGGACAGUUUGUCGGCCAAGAACUACAUUGAGGGCGCCCGGGUUAAUGACAAGUUCAUGCGCUCCCAGCUAAAAUUGAAGCCCAGCGAAUUUGCACAUUACCAGGUUGCACAGGAUGCGGUUAUUACUUUCUGCAUCAAGGAAUUUCGUGCCUUUUUACUUUUUGCUGAAGCACUGAAUGCGGAAAUAACACUGGAAUUUGAUGAUGCGGGGAGUCCUUUCUUUCUGAAGAUUAAGAAGCAUGCUGAGAUUGAGUGCUUGUUGAUUUUAUCCACACUGUCACCCGAUGAUGUCAGCUUCUCGGAGGAUUACUGCCAGCGUGAAAUCGCCGAGGGUGAUCUAACCAAUGUAGCCCAAAAGCGUAAGAGUAGCACGCCAGGACCAGUUAUCCAGCAAAAACGCCGUCUAGCUGAGAGCGCAACGUUGUCAGACGUGGACUCUUCGCUGUUUCAGUUUCGUGAUCGUCGACCUGUGCGUCCAUCCGAGGCACCUUCGGUGCAACCCGCACGAUUGCUGGCCGAGGGUGACACUGUAGAUCUGGUUGAAGAAGAGGCUGACGAAGAUGCUUUGCUUCUGGCUGUGUCAGAUGCAGUGGAAGCCAGUCAGGUAAUGGUACCAAACAGUACAGAGGUGUUUUUCUAUGAAACGGAGGAGGCGCCGCCCACAAGUCUACCUGCACACAACCCAGAGGAUCAGGACGAGGACGAGAGCAUUCCACAGUCGCCGGAACGUGAUCGGAGCAACAAGAUGCGAACUAUUUUCUCACGCUGCUUUCAAAACACAUAUGUACCGCGCGAGCCAUCGCCAAAUAGUCAAGUGUAUGCUCCUAAUUCGGAUACUGAGGAUUAGCCAAGUUUGUUCGUUUAUUUAUAAAACUAUUAUAAACAUUUUCUUAUUCAUUA